AUGUUCCGUUCAAUAUUAAAUGCCAAUGUAGGUUCUAAUAUCCGAUCGCUACUAAAACCAAUACAGCAUCAACCAAUCACAUCAUAUAUAUUAUCAAUCACCAAUAAUCAUAAAUUGACUAAAUCAAACAUAAUAAAUCAAUUACAAUCUAAAAGAUAUUCUUCAUUAAAUCAAAUACAACAUUAUAAACAUUAUGAACCACCAAAACAAAAUAUAACGAAAUCACCAGAUUUACAAGGUAAUCCAUUUAAAAAAGGAGUAAUAUUACGUAUAACAAUUUUAAAACCAAAAAAACCAAAUUCAGCCCUUCGAAAAUGUUGUAGAGUAAGAUUAACAAAUGGUAAAGUUAUAAGUGCUUUAAUUCCAGGUGAAGGUCAUAAUUUACAAGAACAUCAUGUUGUAUUAGUUAGAGGUGGUAGAGUUCAAGAUGUUCCUGGUGUAAAAUAUCAUUUAGUUAGAGGAGCUUUUGAUUUAGUUGGAGUUGCAAAUAGAACUACAUCAAGAAGUAAAUAUGGAGUUAAAAAGCCUAAAAGUUGA